CGCCUCGGCUUCAAAGGGUAAAUGCUGCCCUUGUGUCAGUCCGCCGACUUCUGCCACCUUUUUGCACCUUCUUGCCAUCGGCAACAAGAGAAGUGUUGGGGGGCUGAGAGACCGCCGGAGCCGACGGGACUUUGUUUGUAGACUAAUGGCGCCGGGGGACUACCUUCUUGAUUUGAAAUGGUGUUUAUUGAUUCAUGGUCCGGUUAAGCUUUUUUAAAUACGUUUUUUUGAGGCGGGGGGUGCAGGGAGGGUUACCUACCUCGAAGCAGCGUUUUUCCCCCGCAGGUAGGCCGACUUGUGAAAGAUGGGACUGGACUUUAGGGGGUGCGCUGUCCGCUGCUGGGUCUUACUGGCUGGUGUGAUAAUCUUCAGUGACAUGCAAGUUCCAGUCGAUGCUUAUCUCUACAACAACCGUUACGUAGGUGACCAGGUGUUCCGAGUGACGCCCAGAGAUGUGACAGAGGUCCAGGUGCUGAAGAGAAUGCUGGGAAAUAUAAAGGUGGACCUGUGGCAGCCUAACAGUGCGUCACUGAUCAGACAUAACGCCACGGUGGACAUGCACGUGAAACUCAACGACACCCAAGGGCUGCAUGCACACCUGAAGCAGGAAGGAAUCGCCUACAAUGUGUUCAUCUCUAACCUGCAGAAGGAGAUAGAGAAGCAGACAGGAUACCGCUCGGCACGGCGCCGGAGAUCAGAGUCCCACUACGACUAUGAGGUGUACCACUCUCUGGAAGAGAUCCAGAGCUGGAUGCUUGAGGUGAACAGAACCCACCCUGAGAUAGUGGACAUGUUCUCCAUCGGGACGUCCUACGAAGGGAGACCCCUCUAUGUGCUGCAGAUAGGGAAGAGGAGCCGUCCUCAGAAGAAGGCCAUGUGGAUCGACUGCGGGGUCCACGCCCGGGAGUGGAUCGGCCCCGCCUUCUGCCAGUGGUUCGUGAAGGAGGCUAUUAACUCCUACCAGCAUGACUCUGUGAUGAGGAGGCUGAUGAACCAGCUCAACUUCUACAUCAUGCCUGUUCUCAACGUGGACGGAUAUCACUACAGCUGGACCACGGAUCGGUUCUGGAGGAAGACGCGGUCUAAGAACCACAAGUACCACUGCAGGGGCGUGGACGCCAACAGGAAUUGGAAGGUGAAGUGGUGCGAGGAGGGCGCUUCGUCCCACCCGUGCGACGACACUUACUGCGGGCCCUUCCCGGAGUCGGAGCCCGAGGUCCGGGCCGUGGCCAAGUUCCUGCGCAAGAACAAGAAGCGCUUCAAGGCGUACAUCUCCAUCCACGCCUACGCCCAGAUGCUCCUCUACCCGUACUCCUACAAGUAUGCCAUGAUCCCCAACUUUGGCUGUGUGGAGUCUGCGGCCCAGAACGCCGUGACUGCGUUGUACUCGGCCUAUGGCGUGAGGUACAGAUACGGCCCCGCCUCCACCACCCUAUACGUGAGCUCGGGCAGCUCCAUGGACUGGGCGUACCGGAUCGGGAUCCAGUACGCCUUCGCCUUCGAGCUGCGGGACACGGGCUACUACGGCUUCCUGCUGCCCGAGGCCCUGAUCAACCCCACCUGCACCGAGACGCUGCGGGCCGUGAAGGCCAUCGCCACCGGCCUGCUGAAGAAGUGCCAGGUCAACAGGGAUGUGUUUCCUUACAUAUGACACGGACAGAAGGAGGCUGAAGACGGUGCCUUGCUGAGCGCCGCACACCCAGACGUCUCGCCGUUCUUCUUAAAGGGCUGGUGUUAAAGGGUUGGUGUUAUGCCACCAGGUGUGAGUGGGGUUAGCCAUUAUAAGCUGCUUGGAAAUUUGCCUUUUUUCUGCGUUUUAGUGACAUCAUAAGUGGGAACGUCCACCUAGAUGUACGAUGGCUAGAUCAGUCUACCAGCAGACCCAGUGGACUGUACCGAAUGUUGCUGAUCUAGGUGGACACGCCCACUUGUGAUGUCAUUAAGGCGCAAAGGGCGAUUUUCAAACGGCUUGUAAUGGCUAAUCACACUCACACCUGGUGGUAUAAUAUCCCCCUUCAACACCGCCAGGCCUUAGAGUGAUGGGAGGAACCAAGCUUUUCAGUUGGGGUCUUUUUUUCCCCCACACAGGACUAGGAAAAUAUCCAGCGGUUUGGGGGUGGUGUUCUGAUAAGUGAGCAGUAUGUCGAUAUGUACGAGUAUGUUUUUAUUUUUGGAAUACUGAAUGCCAUACUUUUAAUCAAAUGUAUUUUUUAUUGAGCUGUUUACAAUGCAUGGUCACUCAAGAGCUUGAAUGUGGAGUUGAAAUAAAACCAAGAAAGGGGGAUUAACGUCUUCCAAAAGACGCAUGGCAUUAUUUAUCAUCUUAUUACCCUAAUGCCAUGAGUUUACGUGCUGAAUGGUUCGAGGUUGCAUUGUUUCCUAUGGUUCACGCUGAACAUUGAAAACCUGUCAGCUAAAUGACUUUCCAGGACUAUUCUAUGUCUGUCACUCGGGUGCUUACGCUGUGUAGCAGCGUAAGUGUUUAUGUCUGGAAGACAUAAUGUGGGAUUUUUUUAUAAACGUUACACAAUGUAUGCCAUAUUAUUAUACUGGGCAUUUUUUAAAGCCAAAUUCAAAUGUCUAAUUUGUGUUUCAUGUCAAGUGGUAAACCAAAAGUGUUAAAUUGUGUGCAAAGUCAAUUUAAGUUUAAAAUGCUCCCAAAUAAACCACAUUUUAUACCUUUAA